AGUUACAUGAUAAAUAGUUAAAUAGAAACUGACAGUGCACGUGUAGGUCCGUGUUGCUGACGUGUUGGUCCGUGUUGACGACGUGCUCUGCCGGCAUGGUCCGUGUAGAUCUGUGUGAAGAUGCCGUGUUUACAGUCAUCAACGCUCAAUCCGGGGCAAAACGAUCCCGGGCCUCCCCGGAUCAUGCCGGCAUUGCCGUGUUGAUCCGUGUCUAUACGUGACUGGGGCUUACGUUGCUGUAUUUAGUAGCUAUAAGCUUUCGAUUGGUAUAUGAUUUGUCAAUUUCAUUUUGGGGUCUGGUAUCGGCGUUUAAGAAUUCGUCUCCGUCGCGUACGUUGUGAAAUCUCCCAAUAUUAUAUGGCAGUUUUUCGACAUAGACUGCAUAUUACAUAGUCUAUUACAUAGACUGCUCUUUUUGAUACGGUAGUCUUCUUUCUCCUUAUCCCCUUUCCCGCUCAUUUUUCAAUAUUCGAAAAUAUCACAGGUGGGAGGUCGUCACAUGGCCCUCCCCUGUAUCACCGGGCCUGGCCGAAUGUAGCAAAAUCAACUCAACUUGCUUUGCGCAUUCGAUAUGAUAUUUAUUUCAUCGCAAGCAAACGUCUUUUUUAUGCAUACCCACGAAGAUCGAUUUGUACAAUAGAGGCUAUAUGGCAUUUCAAUUGGAGGUCACUGGAGUGUCAUUAUCAUGCGGCCAUCCCGUAUUGUGUGCUGAAACGAUAAGACAUGAUGUAAGCAGUCAAUUCUUAUCGUAAGCACACAUAUAGGCCCUUCCUGGUAUACGGUGUACACACAAAGAUUUGGCUUGUUCACUAGCAAAUCUUUUUCCAAUUUUGAAGGUGAAAAAAAAUAAUUACUGAAAAUGGCGUUAAGAACGCGGCCCGAUCAUGCCGGUCGAGAACGGGCUGAUGGUGACGAGAUGCCCGGUGACACUCCAUCAGAUCCCCAGCGUUAUCUAGUUUUGCUGGCAACAUUUUUCUUCCUAUUUCUUGAAGCUGGUAUUAUCAAAUCAUUUGGAGUUCUUCUCUCACCCAUGGUUUAUCAGCUUGACAGCAACUUUGCAACCGUCGGUGUGAUAUCUUCUUUACCAUGGACUGUGGAAUAUAUAUGCGCGGUUAUUGUAAAGCCUCUGACCAAUCACAUCGAACUACACAAGAUAUCAUCUGCUGGCGGACUGAUUGCUGGUGUUUCCUUAACAACAUCGUCUUUCGCUCGUACAACCUCGACUCUAGGAAUUCUCUUCUUUCUAUUUGGUAUUGGUGAGAGUAUGAUAAUAGUUCCAGCAAUCAUCUGUCUACAUCGUCACUAUAAAAAUGGUUUUGCAUUCGCCAGUUCCUUUGCCUUCGUGGGUUCCCUAAUGGGGGUCUUCAUCUUGCCCAUCAUAACGAAUGUCUUGCUUGAGGCAUACGGACCACACAAUGCCCUUCUCGUUUUAGGUGGUCUUUGCCUCAACAUGUUACCAUUUGGUCUUCUCUUCAAAUUGCCAGAGGAAAUUCAAAAGAGACCACCUGCGCCGGCUUGUGAGCAUCUAUUGGAGGUUGCGGAUACUGAAAGAUGCGAUUAUUUUAGGAAAAUGCCUGAAAACACUGAUUAUUUCCCCAACUCGAAAAAGAGAUGCACAGAUCAAAAUACUGAAGCUCAUGGAUGUCUCACUGUCACACGAAAACGACUCAUUGAAAUAAUGUCCGAUCUGAAGACAUUCAUUAAGGAAGCAAAGUUUUUCCUGGCUUUCAUAUUGCCAUGCGACAUCUUUGGUACCUUCACUUUAAUCGGCUUCAGCAUAUUCAUCGUACAUUUUGCCAUCUCUGUCGGAAUCCCUCAAACCAAUGCAGUCUUUGUUGGAACUAUGGGAGGUGUUGGAGGCCUGGUUGCCAGGGUGUCGGGCACUGUUAUCUUACACUUUCAUCCAACCUGGGUGUUUGGUCAAUACCUAGUCCUCUGCUCUCUGACAUCGCUGAUGCUGUUUCUUCAACCCUUGAGGGCGUCUUACACCUAUCUUCUUGUCUGUUCCUUCUUUUUGGGCUUUGGUCUUUAUGGUAGCGUUUGCCUCACUGAAGCAUUGGUGUCCAACGUCGUCAAGCCAGAAGUCUUUCCCACAACGAUUUCUAUCUCGUAUCUUUCCAAAGGCGUCGGUUCUGUCCUGGCUGCUUAUAGUUCAGGAUUGCUGUACGAUUUAACCCAAUCGAAUGGAAUAGUCUUUUAUAUUCUCGGUGUCUUACAAGCGAUUAAUGUCGUCAUCAUCAUCUUACUCCUAGUCACCAGGAAGCGAUUGGCAAAUAGCCCGACCAAACAAAUAUGAUUAAAGAGAGAUUUCUUUUUUUAACAUGAGACUCUGUGAAACGUAAUAAGUGACAGUGGCAGGCGAGGAACCUAGGUGCAUACCUGUAGCCGGGAGCCUGCCCGGCACUUUUCCUGGACGCGGAUGCGUUGCAUGUCAAGUAGAGAUUGACACCCCUCGCCUGAAAGCAUCCACGUACACGAAUAGUGUACGUGGAUGCAAUGCAGAACAUGACUACAACCAGAAAGAAAAACAAAACUAGCACAAAGUAUUGACGACAAUGAGGUUGUAAGAAAGAAGACAAGAGCCUAUACAUCCAACUCCUGCCCGUUCUCUUUAACCAUCAUGCUAUAAGAUUACUAAGCAUUUUGUCCGAAGUACCGCGAUGGGCCAUCUUCAUUCUUGACGUCCAUGAAUUUCUCACCGUUGUGUAGCAUUGAUUCAGAAAAGCAAGAUCUUGUAACAGCCCAUCCAAACUAUGAUGACCUACUGAUCUGAUAGUAUACAGAUCAGUGGGAUGACCUCGCUCGCAAGAUUCAGUCAUUUGUCCAGAGACUCCAGUUUGAUUCGGCUACACUUUGCAAUGCCUUUGACAAGAUUCGUCAUCAUCAUCUAACGUAAGCUUGAGCACUACGGUCUCUCAGGAAGCCUCUUUGUUAUGGAUCACAAAUUUCCACCAAUAAAAAUUCUGACUGACAUUCCUUGUGAACAGUUAGUAAUACUUGAUACUCCAAUCAGAGG